AAAUGGCUGACUGAAAAAUGUCAACAAGGGAAUGAAAGGAGCGACAUGCUGUGUUUUCUGCUUCUUUCAGUAACAUAAUUAAAGAGAAUGGAUGCGACUGACAAUAUUAUUGAUCCUCAUGCAGAAGUUAGAAAGCUUCAAGACUUAGUUAAGAAAUUAGAGAAACAAAAUGAGUUCUUAAGGGGUCGACAAAAGAUACAGCUCGAGUCGUUACAGAAUGGUGAAACAGAACCAGGAAAACUGACUACGAAUCAUAACAAUAAUUUACCAGAUAGUAAUGAUAAGACAUGGAGUAAAAAUACAGGUGGCGGUUCUCUUGAUGAUAUAGAUGUAUUGGACGUAGAUGGCCUAUCUAUACGAGAUGACGAGGACUCAUGGUUAUACACGUCUCCAAAACCCCCAACACCUCAGCAGAAUAGAGUUAGUCCUUAUAAAUGGGUUAGACAAGAUUUUGACCAUCCUAGUCCAGAAGUUAAAUCAGUAAAGAAAUCCCUAUUAAAUAAACUUGAUGAAGCAGCUAGAAUGUCUAGGAGUAGUAGUACCCCAGCCUUUGGAAUGUACUCCACUCCCACGUCGUCUAGACCCAGGAUGAGUCAGUCUGCGGAGAGUACCCCAGUGUCUAGUCAGACAACAGCUGUCAGAAAGUCACUGUACUCUAAUGCAGGUGGUUCAACUGGGAAAAUAAACACUGGAACCUUUACUCGACCAAAGACUAAAAUCAAAACUGAUGAAGGGGAUAGGCCAUCAGAAAAUACAGAAAAACAUCCCGAUGUAACAGAUAUUGAAAAUCUGGCAAAACAACAAGAAGAGAGUUUACGGCAAAGUAUGACACAUUCUUCUCCAAGAAGAGUUAUUCGCCCUAGACAAAUUCCUCAACAAGGAGUGCAAGCUUUAAACAAUAUAAACAAUAAUAUUGAAGUAGAAAACACCACCUCCCCGGUACACUCCAACAGGUCCAGUCCCUCCCGCGGUGAGGGUGAUAGAAGGAAUAGUCAGAACAGUAUUGGAUCUGAUGUCAGUAGUCCUCCAGAUAGUCCUUACAGCAGUCAGUACCUCAACCAGCCACAGGAGAAUACAAACCUCCGUAGAAGCUUACCAAAUGUUUCUCAGAGACUGACUCAACCGCAGGGUCACCAUGCCAGCGAUCCUUACCUAGAUAACUACUCCUCAGGGGGCAGUGACGAUUAUGAUGUAGGCCCUACACCAGCCCAACAGAGACAAAUAUCACGACUUCAGCCUCCCAUGAGGCCAACUUCCCCCAAUGUGUCUGGAUUACGGCAGCCAAGCACCCCAAUCCAGAGGGGGCUAUCUCCCCAGAGGACUGGUCUUCCACAACCAAUGCGGAGGUCCAUUCCUCGGCCAGAUACUGCCAUCAAGUCAAGCAUACCUUCACCAAGAAGGUCUGCCCUUCCCUCACCUCGUCGAACAAAUCAGUAUAGAGCUCCAGAUAGUGAUGACAGCUGGAAAGAGGGUUGUUUUUAAUGGCAAAAUAUAUGUAUAUGUUUUCCUAUUUUCUUGUCCUAUCUGUGAUUUGGAGGCUUAUAUGAAUAUUGAUGUUUGUGAAGAAAACAUUUUAAUGACUGGUCACAGCACUCGUGACAUGCAGGAGAGUUUGAAAAGAAGAAAUUGGAUGCUCAUUUGUCUCAAGAUCAGUUUGGAUGUGGAUUUUUACUAAGUUGACCUCUGCCAGACAGAGUUGUUAGAGGGUUGAAAUCCUUAUAUUGUACUUAAUAUAAAUGUAUUACGAUCUAACAUGUCAAUUCCAUUAAUUGCUUUAAUCAAUUUAUCUUGUGGUUGUUUGUUGCUGCUAUUUUUGUCACUGGAAGGGAGAAAUGUAUAACUGUAAACAUCAGUGAGAUCUCAUUUAAAAACAUGUAACAUGAGAACUAUCAUUGUCAAUAACUAAGAUGGUUUUGGUGCCUGUUGAAUAUUCUGUGAUAAUAUGAACAGUGUUUUUAAAAUGCUAUAAACAUUUUUUUUUCAACAUGGCAUCAUACUGAUUUACAGUAUAUUUGAGAUCCACAUUUUAUUUUUUUUACCUUGUUUCCUUUGGUGCAGUGGUAUGUAUUAAUUUUCAGCCCCUCUCUGGAAGGAUAUUUUCAGAACUUUGUGUGAAUGUAAAAUUUUUUUAAGAUUUAUAUGUUCAAAAGCUUAUCUUAAUAUAACUGUGAAGAUUCCAAGACUUGUUUUAAAAAAAUGCACUAGGAAAAUUCCUAGAAAUUUCAAGACCAUUAAUUGCUCUUUUCAAGUAUUUUGAUAUACAGUUUUAUGACAGAAACUUGGCUCUGACCCAAAGUCAGAUACUUUUUUCUCUAGUUGUGGUACUUUGAAAUAUAUAAACAUGAACAAAUUUCUAUCUAGGACUUCAUUGAAGAAGUGUUCAUUUUAUUAUCAAUGCCGUUUAUAGAUAUUUGUGAAUAAAUUGCUCAGAAUGAAUGUAUUAAAGCACAUCACAAACAUUAGAAAUAAAGCUACAUACCAGUAUAUUCAUUCAUAGCCUAGUCAAUGUGGAGCAUUUCUAAAUUGUACAUAUUAACAUAGACCUUGUAGAAACAUUAAAGGGAUAUGUUCACUGUUAUACCAAUCACCAUCACUCUGGGUCAAUUUUACAUACACAUCCUUAUUUAGGAGUUGCCAUUAUUUUAACACCUUAAUUUUAUUUAUACCACUCUAGUUCACACACACAAAUGUAAUCUACAAAAAUACAUUUACAUACAUAUCUGUUGAGGGGUUAAUGUGAUUAAAGGUAAAUCUUUCAGAAAAGAAAUAUAUCAAUGAGGACAAUGUUUCCUUUUUUGGAUCAAGUAAUUUCAGGUGUUCCAGAGGUUUUUUUUUUAUUAUUUGAAUGAAUUUUGCCUUUUAUAAUGCUGAAUGCAAUCUGGUGAAGUAUGGGAGUCUGGACUGGUUGUUUGUACUUGCAAUACAGAGUUUGCAAGUUUGUCAUGUUAUGAUAGCUUUUUAUAUAUAAUUUAUUUUGUGUCAUUUAAAAAAAAUGCAAUAGCUUCAUUCCAGCUGGAAAGUGAAUAGAAAUAAAUUAAAUGAAAACUAA